GGCUGUGGUGUCAUGAGGCACCUGCAUCCAGCCUUGCAAGCAGCAAUCCUAUCGCCAUGGUCUUGGCCUUGCUGUCUCCAGCACUGCCAGGAGAGCUGGGCCUGCAGAUCCCAGGGGUUAAAAUCCCUCUGGAGCCAGUUCCUGGGGGUGGCCCAGAUCUGCUGGCUGAUACAGAGAAGGAUAGGCCUGUGCCCCCACAACCUCCUUUCAGAACACCCCCGCCCCAGUGCAGAAGCAGGGAGGACUCCUUGCACCCCCAGUGCUCUGUGUAGCCCAGAGCGGUGGCAUGUGCUGGUGCAUUUAGAUUCAGACGGGGGCCUGGCACAGACAGCUCUGGCCCUCCCCACGUGGGAGCUGGCAGGGGCAUGGCUACCCCUUUGGAGCUGUUGUUGCUCCUGUGUAUUGCAUUUACAUUCUGCUCUCCGUGUUGUUGUGAGCCCUGUCCCUUGUGGUCCAGCAUCCGACAGCCACUCCAAUUACCAGGGGAGCAUUUCUAGUCUCUCCUCCCAGGAGUGUCGUGUUCCCGGCGCAGCGCGUCCUGCGAGCUUGCAGCAAGGAUGGAGAGCUUCGUCCAACACUGCAUGUUCUCCAUGCCCUGCCUUCCUCUUCCAUUACUCAACUCCAGCCUUCCCCUCCCCACAGAUUCUAGACUCUGCAUCGUUCCUCUGCGUACUCGACUCCAGCGUUCCCCUCCUUGCAGGUUCUAGACUCUGCAUCGUCCCUGUGCGUACUCGACUCCAGACUUCCCCUCCCUGCAGGUUCUAAACUCCCCACCCAUCCCUCCCUCCUCGUCCUCUGCUCCCUGCCCAGGCCUUCCUCCACAUCUGUGGCUCCCAGCAGGUGGCAUGUGUUCCCCACAGUGCAUUGAUGCUAGAGCGCGGCACAGAGCCUCGCUUGCAUCGCAAGGCCUAGUCCUUGGAGCAUGAGCUCUUUGGGGCCUGGACUCAUACGGAUACAGCACCUAGCACAAUGGGGCCCAUGCAGGCUUAAUAGGCUUCUAGCAUACAAAUAACAAUACCAAGGUUGUCCCAAAGCAGAGACACACUGGCCUGUCACAGCAUUUAUUAGUCCGCUAGCCCCCCACAUCCCUCACUGCCCCACAGCCACAGCCCCACUGUGUGCAGUGCUAGGGUCCGCAUGGCCAACCGGCUCCGGAACGGAAGCUGCAUGCUGGGAUAUGACAGCGCAGCUGGAGGGCGCGUGCCACAAGCACUACACGAUAGGGUACCCUGAUCCCUUGACAUAUUCUGCUCUGAGAUGUGUGCCUGCAGCCAAGAUGCCAGCUGGUCAUGGGCAGGGUCAGAGAGCAUCCCUCACGCAAGUCUGCCUGGUCUGUGCCAGGCUAAUUCUCCUUGCAGCACAGCCUGGAAAACAGUCCAGUGGGCAGCUCGUGACAGCCAGUGCUAUGGCAAAUCACUGUUAGGGAAGGAAACUGGCACCUGUGCAAUGAGGCAUCUAAGACACAGCUGGGCCACCAGGGAAUGGUGCGAGCGGCACAGAGGCUGGGAUGAGCGACUGCAAGACACUUAAUAGCCGCCCCUCUGGAGCCACCAAUUGCACAGGUGACUUCCAAACUCCAGAGAGGCUCCAGGCAUCCUCAACACUAUAGAAGACAAGGCGGCGCUAGGAGAUCACGGUGCCAAGGGCACGCUGCUCACCCCCAGGGGCACUCAAAAGACACAGGUGGGGAGAAAAGCAGCCGGACAUUGCAGAGCAAGCAACAGCAAACAGUUGUUACCAGCGCCUCUCCGGGUGACAAUGUGGGACUAAGAGCUGCAGCCAGCCCGGGGACCAACAGAAAAGAUUUAGCUGCUUGGGUCCCUACUAGACCUUGGGUGCUGGUUUACCCAGAAGCCAGUUCAUGCAUUCCUAUACUAUGGCGUCGCCAGACAGGAUGAGUGGCUCAGAUACCGGCCUGGAGGAGCCAGAGCUCAACAUUACUCUCACCCUCCGGAUGCUCAUGAACGGGAAGGAGGUUGGUAGCAUCAUCGGCAAGAAAGGCGAGACUGUUAAGAGGAUACGGGAACAAAGCAGCGCCCGGAUCACCAUCUCUGAGGGAUCUUGUCCUGAGCGGAUCACCACCAUCACAGGAUCCACAGAUGCUGUCUUCAGAGCCGUCUCCAUGAUCGCCUUCAAACUUGAGGAGGACCUGGGGACAGGAGCCGCCAACGGAGGAGCUGUGUCCAAACCGCCAUUGACACUGCGGCUGGUCAUCCCGGCCAGCCAGUGCGGUUCUCUCAUUGGCAAAGCUGGUGCCAAAAUCAAGGAGAUCCGGGAGAGCACGGGAGCACAGGUCCAGGUGGCAGGAGACCUGCUGCCCAAUUCCACGGAGCGGGCGGUCACAGUCUUGGGCGUGCCAGACGCCAUCAUCCAGUGUGUGCGGCAGAUCUGCGCUGUCAUCCUGGAGUCGCCGCCAAAAGGGGCCACCAUUCCCUACCAUCCCUGCCUCUCCCUGGGGACGGCUCUCCUCUCGGCCAGCCAGGGCUUUUCCAUGCAGGGCCAGUACAGCGGGGGGCCUCAAGCCGAGGUGACAAAAUUGCAGCAACUCUCUGGGCAUCCUGUUGCCUUCACCUCUCUGGGCCAGGCACCCUCCCUGGUCCCAGGCCUGGACGCCAGCCCCCAGAGCAGCUCGCAGGAGUUCCUGGUGCCCAAUGACCUGAUUGGCUGCAUCAUUGGCCGCCAGGGCAGCAAGAUCAGCGAGAUCCGGCAGAUGUCCGGCGCGCACAUCAAAAUUGGGAACCAGAGCGAGGGCUCCAGCGAGCGCCAUGUGACCAUCACGGGGACCCCAGUCAGUAUCACUCUUGCCCAGUACCUCAUCACAGCCUGUUUAGAGACAGCCAAAUCUACCUCCCAGAUGCCCCCCAUCUCCAGCCCCGUUGACCUCAGCAUGACCUUCUCCCAGUCCCUCAAUCCAUCGCCGGGCCCCACGCUGACAGCGGUAGCCACACCUCCUCCCACCUUGCUGGGCGGCCCUUAUGCCAUCUCCCUGUCCAACUUCAUCGGCCUCAAGCCCGUCCCCUUCCUGACGCUGCCCCCUUCCUCGGCUGCGGGGCACAACGGCAGCCUCGCCACCUACACGACCAAGAUCUCCACAGCCAACGGCGCCAAGAAAACAGAGCGGCAGAAGUUCUCCCCAUACUGAGGCUGGUGGGUGGGAGGGUGGCAGGCCAGAGAGGAAGGGGGAGACCACAGGAUGCCACCCCCCAGUUUGUGGGACACCAACAGCGCCACUCCAAGGCAGGCACCUGAGCCAGCGCCACCCCAUACUGGGGCAUCCCAAGCCAUAUGUGGGGAUGGAUGGAGAGGUAGGGAACGUGGAGGAGGGCAGCCUGGAGCCCAGCUGUCCCUGGUGCGUCUUCUCUGGACAAUGGGGUGGGGGCUGUCUCAGCCUUGCACCCCCUCCGUCUCCCACUUCUCCACUCCUGGAGAGGCUGGCUCUGUCCCCGUUAGCUUUAGUGCUGUAAUUUUUAGGGGAAGUUCCCAUCCCCCCCAGCCCUUGGAGUUGGAGGGCACUCUCACCUGACAGCGCAGUGCGGGCCACGCUCACCCUGGGCGGGCGGGCGACAGGGCGAGGCUAGAGGCCAGUUUGAGCAUAGCUUGAGGCCCAUGCCGUGCUGCUGCUGGAUGGCUGGGGGCUGCUGGGAAGGACAGAACUGGAAUCAGUCACACUCUGCCCAGGAGUCGGCGCUUUUAUGAUCUCCAAGUACCUAGACUUGCACCAAGCUGGAAACUCAGACUCGAGCUCUGGCCUCCCCUCCACACACAGAGCCCUGCUGGGAACCAGGCAACAGGCUGGGUCAGAUUUAGAGGGCUACCCUCCAGCAGAAAAGUACCUGGCCUGAAGGGAAUUCAAGGCAAAUGCUCAGAAUAUCACAGCGCCUGCUCCUCUUCUCUGCCGGGACAGGGGAGACUCCCCCACAGGUUCCUGUGACUCUGGGCAGGGGCAUGGUCGGGUAUAUAUUGGGCUAGCCUUGUGGCUUAUCAGCUGCUACAGUAACUACAGCUCUGGGAAACUGAUAGUGGCUAAUCAGGAAUGCUCCUGGCCUAUCCCUGGGGCAGAACCCCAGCUCUGGCAGCUAAUGCAUGGGCUCAUUUGUUCCAAGGACUCAUUGGCUGUUGGAGUCAGUCGUGACUGGAUGGAGACACCAGUCAAAGCUUCUUAUGUUUUGCCCCUUCCCGCAUUGGUUCCAUGGAGUAACUCCUGGCUCUGCUUUCUCCUUGGAGGAAGCUCCCAGGUUCUGCCCUCCCAAGGAUCCAUUACCAGGGCUCUUCCCCAGACCGCACAAAGUCACGUGAUGGAUGGAUGGAUGACACCCACAGUCUCCUCCUUGAUGGGAAGUUGCACCCUUGGAGGUGCAUCCAGUGCCUUCCUCAUGGGUGGAGCAUGGGGUUGGGAGAGGGAAACCAGACUAACAGCCCUAAAUAAAGUCCUUCCCCUCCCCCAGUUAUCCUAACAGAUCAGACCAGGGGAGAGAGAGCGAGCCAGGCCUUUCUCGCUCAAUUGCUUUCCUGCUAGGGGGAUCAGAGGAGGCAGGGCAGGACUGUUUCAUUCUUAGACGUACUCCGCGGUGGAGCAGGUGCAUCAUGAAGCAUCCAGCUGGGCUGUGUGCGUUGAAACAGCAGAGAGACUGGUGACUCCGAACAAGGGAUUACAAGGUGCUAACAAACUGACUGAGUCUGGAGUGAGAGCAUAGGGUCAAGUAACUGCGCAGCGAGACUGUUCCUUAGCAAUCAGCUGUGUUCAUCUGGCACUGAACAUGCGCUGUCCUGGGUGUCUGAGACCCUGGUUCCCACUUUAGAAACACCAUGAUCCAAACAGCCUGUAGCCCCACUG